UUCAGAGAACCUGUUAUCCAAGCUGGAGAAGGAGGAGGAGUAUACUGGAAGAUAAAACGUAGAGCAGUACACAAUCAGGUGGAACAGAAGAAGACAGGUAGAGCAGAAGAGUCACUGCAUGAAGAGAUGGUGAGGAAAAUUGAAGAGAGGGGUCACUGGAAAAGUAAAAGAGAGUUCCUUCUGGCUGUGGCUGGGAAUGUGGUGGGCAUGGGGAAUGUGUGGAGGUUCCCCUACCUCUGCUACAGGAAUGGAGGAGGGGUGUUUCUGGUGCCCUAUCUGGUGUUUGUGGUGACAUGUGGAAUACCCCUUUUCCUUCUGGAGACAGCUAUGGGACAGUACACACAAGAGGGGGGCAUCACAUCCUGGCGUCGCAUCUGCCCAUUGGCGGAAGGUAUUGGCUGUGCAGGCCAGCUGAUCCAACUUUACAGCAUGUGCUACAUGAUGAUCUUGGCCUGGGCGCUGUUCUACCUGGUGUUCUCCUUCAGCUCCCAGCUGCCCUGGGCCAGCUGUGACAACACCUGGAACACAGAUCACUGUAAUAUUGUUGGACAGAACCUGACACUUAACUGGACAGAGCAAACCAACUCAACUUCAGCUGCUACUGAGUUCUGGGAGCGCAGAGUCCUUUCUAUCUCUAGAGGCAUUGAAGAUGUGGGCAAGCUCAACUGGGAGAUUCUUCUCUGUCUCAUUGCCGUCUGGAUCGUUUGCUAUUUUUGCAUAUGGAAAGGGGUGAAGUCCACUGGCAAGGUGGUGUAUUUCACAGCCACGUUCCCCUAUGUGAUGCUGCUGGUGUUGCUGAUUCGUGGGAUGACUCUACCUGGAGCUCUACAGGGAGUUGUGUUCUACCUUUAUCCUGAUCCUGAGCGACUGCUGGAUCCACAGGUGUGGAUGGAGGCAGCUGCUCAGGUCUUCUUCUCAUACAGUAUAUGUGUGGGUGUACUGAAUGUGUUGGGCAGCUACAACACAUACAACAAUAACUGCUACAGGGAUUGCUUCAUGCUGUGUCUGCUGAAUAGCUGUACCAGUCUGGUGGCAGGCUUUGCCGUGUUCUCAGUUUUGGGUUUCAUGGCUCAUGAACAUGGAAGACCUAUAGAGGAGGUGGCAGAAUCAGGACCUGGUCUAGCUUUCAUAGCUUAUCCACAGGCAGUGGCUAUGAUACCUCUGCCUCAGCUUUGGGCCGUAUGCUUCUUCUUUAUGGUCAUCCUCCUGUGCGUGGACACACAGUUUGUCGCAAUCGAAGGGAUCAUUACUUCAGUGACAGACGUGUUCCCUCGUGUGCUGCGUGGGGCUGGACGCAGAGAACUCUUCCUCCUCGUCUUCUGCCUCUUCUGCUUCUUCAGCCAACUCAUCAUAGUCACAGAGGGGGGAAUGUACUGGUUUCAGCUGUUUGACUACUAUGCCUGUAGUGGAUCCUGCGUCCUGUUCCUGGCAAUAUUUGAGUCUCUGGCCAUUGGCUGGAUCUUCGGGGCUGACCGACUGUGUGACGCCAUUGAAGAUAUGACAGGGUUUUACCCUAACUUCAUCUUUAGGCUCUGUUGGAAAUACCUCACACCUUUCAUUUCCCUGGUCAUGUUCAUAUAUUCGUUGGUGAAUUUCGAACUUCUGACGUUCAACCGCUGGUACGUGUAUCCAGACUGGGCAUAUGGGCUGGGCUGGCUGCUGGCUCUCUCCUCCAUCAUGAUAGUGCCUGGCUUGGCACUGGGCCGCCUGUGGACAGCAAAAGGGAGCCUCAAACAGCGCUGGCUUCACCUUUGCAGCCCUGACACGAACCUCCCUCAGACACGAAAACAGACAGCCAGGACACAAGAAGUGACCUCAUCUGCAGAGGUGGAGAACUUGGUCCACACUGAAAGAAAUCUAAAGAAUUUCCCAUAACACACACACAGCUGGAAUCCAAUAUGGGGGAUCUCCUUGAAUGACAUUACCUCCGAUCUGUCAUUAAAAGGACACAUGCUCUUCAUCCUGACUUCUUUGUUUAUGACCAGUUGCUAUAGAUUGUAUGCUUGUAUGCUACUGUAUGCUAUAGAUUGCUAUACUGAAGCUAGCACAGGGAAAAUUGUAUACAGUAAUUAACAAAAAUUAAUAAACUAAGCAAAGCGAUCUCUACUAACUCUCUUCCCUCCAACAUAUUCUGUGUAGAACAGUUUGGACAUUUUUAAAUAUGUGUAUGGAUUGUAUCCAAUAACCUCCUCAUUCCAAAAGUACUGGAUAUUUUUUUCCCUAAAUAUUUUAGCUCUACUGAAGCAGGUAUGUCAUCACACUCACUCUUAUGUGUUUACAGACCUCAGUCUUUGUAUUGGUUGAACCUGGAAUGCUUUCUUUUUUAUCUUGUCAAACAAAAACAAACAUGGCAGCUGGUGAGACAGAUGUUCAUUACCUCCAAGACUAAAUGAAACGCUGUUUCCUAAUGAUCCUGUAUUGAUUUAGGAAAUGUUUUUAUAUGUAUAUCUUUCUAGAAGGUCCUUCCUGUGAAAGCUGAAAAAGAAACAGUAGACAUUUACAUCUACAUGUACAAAUUUAGAGAACAAUUCAAAUGUCCCGGAUUCUGGAACUCGGCUGGAUCAUUUGAACUUGGUGUAGUAAAUGCUUAUGCUUUGAUUAGUACAACAGGCUCAUGCUAUACAAAAUGCAAUCAUUCAAGAUUUUUGUUUUUGUUAAAAGUAGAAACUAAUGUGUAUUCAGGAGUGAUGGUAGAUGAUGUUCUGUGAAUGUAGGCAUAAUAUUUUUAGAGAUUUCAAUGGAUUUCACUGUCCAGUGUACUGGACACAGGGGCUAGGCAUAUAAAAUCUGCAAGAUUUUGAAAAAUCAAUAUAUUUAUGAUUGUUAGGAAAACAGACUCAAAACAAAAAAACUGUCUACUGCACUGGGUUAACAAAAAAUAUAUGCAAUGUGUAAUUAUAUAUAAAGUCAUGCAAUCUGUAACUUAGCUUUUGUAAUGAUUUCUUACUUUUUCUCAUGAAUGACCUUGAUUGUUUUAACCAUUUGUUCAUUUUAGAUAUAGUAAUGUAAAACAAUACAUCACUGUUGUCUGAAGAAAACCUCGUAUCUCCAAAAUGGAGAAGGAAA